CGAAGAGGGAGAAGCUCCAAAUGUCACGUGACUAAAAUGUAACAGUCAAGGCCCUAUAUACCGUUUAGGUAACAGUUUGGAUCAGUUUGGAUUGGACGUGUGAUUGAUGGAUAAGAAUUUAUAAUUGUUUUGCUUGGAUUAAUUAUUUUGCAUUUGUCUCUAUAACAGCAAGGAAGCUUUGAAAUUUCAUCUGUUGGCUUUGUAUUUAUUCCUACCAUGCCUGGUCAUGGUAAAUGUGCAGUUGCAAAAUGUACAUUUUCCCAUAGUAAAAUACCAGGUCGGGAGGGGAUUUUCUCCUCAUUCAGGUUUCCGAAAAACCCAGAAAUGAGAUCUAUCUGGGUGCGCCGUUGUGGACGAGCGGACAGUUUUGACCCUGAAAAGUCUAGGAUAUGUGGUCUUCAUUUUACUCAGAGUGAUUUAAGCCCAACAUAUCACCUGAAGAAAUCUAUGAUGCCUGGAGACAAGCUCAAGCCUGUUCUUCAGUCGUCUGCUGUCCCAUCAAUGCACCUGCCUAUGACCACAGCGGUCAGCAGAUGCAAGGCCAAGGAUCUGCGUCAUCCAUCAGUGAUGGGCGCCGAUGACCACUGUAGUCCGGCCGCCCAAAAACCCCAAUUCACCAUCAUCAUCAUCACGCGUCCAUCAGUGACAGAAGAUUGCUCUCCAUCAGACCAAGCUAUGCAGUUUUUAAAACAAGAAAGGGAGCCGUCGAGUCCGAAAGCAGAGCGGAUCACAGAGAUUUACGACGCCUCGUCUGCCGACACAAUACUUACUAAAGAUGACGACGACUGGGACGUCAAGUGGAGGGUGGACGUACCCGACCGUGACCCUCUCGAGUUGACACCCGACACUGAGGUGCCAUCCGAUGGUAGUAACCUUGCAGGGGACGCCAGCUUUCCCAAGGUGGAGAUCAAAGAAGACCGUUCGCCGUCCAGUGAUGUUACCGGGGAUCUCACUGCUCCCAAGGAUGAGCUCAGUGAACGCCAGUCGCCCGUCUCCCAAGGUGGCGAGGAAAUAUUGCAUUGUCCUCACUGCAGCUACUCUUGCUUGGAGCAUGAUCUUCUAGACAGACACGUGCAGAAACGUCACGGUCAUAUCGGGAGGAACGGCAGGCACAAGUGCGAGUGGUGCCAAUACUCCACCGACAUGCUCGAACACAUGACGCGCCACCGCAGGACCCACACUGGAGAGCGGCCGUACCGCUGUAGUGACUGUGACAGAACUUUUUCGUACCCUAAUUCUCUGGCCAGGCACCGCCUCUCACACACCGAGCAGAGACCAUUCAAGUGUGACAUCUGUGAAAAGGCCUUCAAGCAGUCCAGUCACCUGACGAGACACAAACUUGUUCACUCCGAGGACAGGGCAGUGCAGCUUAAGCAUUGUGACACUACGUUUGAGAUCAUCUCUCAUUGUAACGCCCAUACACAACUUCACGGUGGUGAUGAGCCGCUCCAGUGCUCAGGCGGGUGCCCUGAAAGGUCAAACAUCAUUCGACCCAGGCGAACACACACAGUGGAUCGCCCUCACGCCUGCUCCAUCUGCACGGCACGGUUCCGAAGACACGAUCAUCUUAACAAGCAUAUGCAGACCCAUACGGGAAAGCGGCCGUACGGAUGCUCCUCCUGCCCGGCACGGUUCUUAAGCCGAAGUAAUCUUGCCCAGCACCUGCGGAUCCACUCGCGGGAACGGCCAUAGGAUUGUGUCCGGCUUGUCUACAACUUCGGCGAGACACUGCUUUGCAUGCCACCUGCCGUGUGUUGGUCAAUCCUUAGUGUUCAGUUCGAUAGCUGUAGUUCGUUUUUUUUUUUUAAUGGUUUGCUCUUUUUUCGGUAAGUCAAGGAAGUGUUUUUAAUUGAAUAUACAAUGUUAGUCAAUGUUACAGCAAAGCUUUCCAUAAACGAGGUAGCGACUAGCGAACGUUGCGCAUCACGCACUGUUAUUGUAUGGAGACCAAAUGGAGACCCUCUUGGGGUGGAGGCCUCUGAUGUAAUGAAAAGUAAAGUGACAGGACUGGGCGCAGAAUGACAUUUGUAGUCGACGCGCCCAUAAAUAAACCAAGUGACAUGGUCUGGG